GUGAAAUAUGUAUUUUAACUUUAAUUACAAAAUACAACCAUUACAACCCCAAUAUUUUAUCAAUUUUAUUCCAUUAAGAGUGUUUUAGUCGAAUGUAAGUAAAAUUAAAGCUUAUUGGGGUGUAAUUAAAAAUCUCCCGGGCAAGUUUGAUAGAGGGAAGUCCGAUUUUGACAGAUAAGAAAUAACAAAAGAUGACCACCCAAAUGCGUAUUGGCAAACAGCCGAUUCAAACGUCAACUUUUAGACUUUCUGUUAAAAAACUGUCAAAUUUUUUAAUAUUUCAGCGAAUAUAAACGAAUUUCGGUAGAAAAAAUCGGUGCGGGUUAAAGUGCGCGACUUCGUCGGCUGGAUAAAAUCAAAAUAAUCUUUUUUAACCUAAUUUGUGAAGUACGGUCGCCAUGUUGAAAAUUCUUUAUACAAAAUAGUGUAGUGUCAUCAUAGUGCAUUAUUAAUUUAAUUAAUUUAUUUAAAAUUGUUGGUGUUGUCUAAAUACGUUUGUGUGCGGCAAAAGGAAGUAUCGAGGGGAAAGUUGCAACUAUCCAAAGGGGAAAUAAAAAUAAACCAUUAGAAGUUGUCAAAAUUGCAGCAGGACUAAAGACUCUCGGCAUUUCUAUCGGCAAAAAAGCAAAACAAAAUGAGACGCGGUUCGCACGACAUGCAGGUGAAUGUGGCCGGCAUCAGGCGUAACCUCAAGAACUUCGCGCACAACUACAGCGACGCGCAGAAGAAGGUGCGCGAGGCGACGUCGAACGACCCGUGGGGCCCGAGCAGCACGAUCAUGGCCGAGGUGGCCGACCUCACCUACAACGUUGUAGCCUUCAGCGAGAUCAUGCAGAUGGUGUGGAAGCGGCUCAACGACCACGGCCGGAACUGGCGGCACGUCUACAAGGCGCUAGUGCUGCUCGAGUACCUGAUCAAGACAGGCUCUGAGAAGGUGGGCCAGCAGUGCAAGGAGAACAUCUUCGCCAUACAGACCUUGAAGGACUUUCAGCAUCUGGAAGAAGGCAAAGACCAGGGCCAGAACGUGCGCGAGAAAGCGAAGCAGCUGGUGAUCCUGCUCAAGGACGACGAGCGGCUGAAAAACGAGCGCGCGCGCGCCCUGAAAGCGAAAGAGCGUUUCGCGCAGAGCGCGAGCGGGUUCGGGAGCGACGGCGGUUUGGACACCCCUACCAGCCCCAAGUACCCGGCGUUCAGGGGCGAGUGGAGCAGUCGCGACCAAAGCAAAUCGUUAAGUGACCUACCAAGAGAGAUAGAGAUCGCGCGGCCGCAGACGGCGGGUGAGGAGGAACUGCAGUUGCAGUUGGCACUGGCCAUGUCCAGAGAGGAAGCGGAACAGGAAGAGCAAAAGCGGAAGUCGGACGACGUCCGGUUGCAGCUCGCCCUGAGUCAAAGUCAGCAGGACUUCAAGGACAAAACUGUAACCCAAAGCAGUCAUAUGGUUGAUCUUUUGGACGUGAAUUUGGGGGAAAGUGCGGCUCCUGUCGAUCCUUGGGGAAUGCCCCAGCCACCUAGACCACAACAAUCUUCGCCGUGGCGGGCGAACGCGCUGCCGUCUCCGGGCGGCGGCCCCGCCGACCCGUGGCUGCCCGCGGCGGGCGCCGCCGCCAUGUCGGCGCCGGCGCGCGUCGAUCCUUGGGGCGGCGCCAGCCCGACGCCCAACCGGCCGAACGGCGCGUCGUCGGCUCCCGGCCGACACGAUCCCUGGUCGCCGACCAGCCCCGCCUCCUCCACGGACAUGGACGAGUUCGACGUCAUCACGAACAGAAACAGAACUUCAUCACCCAAAACGAACGGCUCCAACUCAAACGGCGCCGGCGAUCCGUUCGAGCUCAACCUGCUGGACAACUUAACUGUCUUGGGACCCAGUCCCUCCACGGGGGCCACCAAAAAAACCCCGCAAAGUUUCCUGGGCGAGAACAGCGCCCUCGUGAACUUGGACAACCUGGUUACAAGUAAACCUUCGAACGCCCCCUCGACCGCGAACCCCUUCUCCGACCCUUCGGCGCCGCAACGGGCAGUUUUCAACACCCCCCCUCCCAAACCGAGCAUCAACGAGAUGAAGCAGCAGUCGCUCGCGCCCUUCGCCAAUCAGAACGCCGCGUUCGGCGGCGCGGCCCCGCCCUACGGCCUGGCAACGUCGCAGCCGUUUUCGAAUUCGUCGAACAACGCAAACGGUAACGGUUUCGGUUCUGCGCAGGACCCGUGGGCGCCAGUUUCGCAGAACGUCAACAGCCAGAUGUCAUCCCCGUGGAUGAAGACGGAGCAGGCGAACCCCUUCCUGUCUUAACGAAAAAAAGUUUUAUCGAUUAUAGUUAACGCGAACAUGGUGCAACACUUUUCAUAAGAAUUAUGAAACAUUUACAUAAAAUUCGGGGUAAACUUUUUCUAUGGCUUCGCUAUAUACAAAGUAUGGACGUUUUGCUCAUGUUUUAUUUAUCUAGAAUUGUGAAAGGAGGUAUUAAUUUAUUGUUGUAUACAUUUUAACAUAUCUAUAUUUUUUAUUGAAUUGAAAAAAACAUUAAACUUUGAUUAAAAUAAUAAUAAUAUUAAUAGAGUUAUAUGAUAAAUAUUUUAAUGCUUUAAAGCUUUACUAUUGUAUAAUGAAAUCCGUCACUCGUAAUAGACUGAAACAGUGAAAUUUUUUUAUUGAAUAAUGAUGUAAUAAGGUUUGUAGGGUUUAAAAGAGACGUUCAAUAGAAAUAUAAAAUGGGAAAAUUCUAGCAUUUACACAAUAUUAGCUUUCUUGGCUUAGUUCGGGAAUUUUCUUAUUCAUUUACUUUUUAAAUGUGUCAUAAUUUUUUCUGUUUAACAGUUUAUUUCUUUUUUGCCAAAUAUUAUUUACGUUAACUGCUUUUAUAUGCCGCCGACAUACUGUAUGAUUUAAUUGCAAUAUACAAAUAUUUAUAGUAAAACACCAGUAUUUUAUUUUUAAUGCUUCAUAAUUUAUAUUAUUAUAUUGUAAUGAUUUGAAGCCCAUUUUCAAUUUUGUUGUGUAAAAUAUUUAUAAAUUUUUAGCUAGUUUUUAAGAAUCAAAUAAUAUAUUUAUGUAAUUAAUUUACUCCUAAUUGUAUAUAUAAAUUUUAUUUAAUUAUUAUGUAGUAUGUUAUUAUUUGCAACUAUUAAUUUUUUUAUUAAACUAUUUCAGAUUUAACUGUAAAUAAAUAGUAUUAACUAUUUUUUUUAGAUUAAGGUUUUGUAUUAUAUAAGAAGAUAGCAAACAUUUUACAAGAAAGGGUAUAUUGGAUUUAAUUGUAUCUUGAUAGUUAUUUUCACUUACAUUCUUAAAAGAAAUAAAUUUAUCAAAG